UGUCAGUCUCACGCUCAGCUCUGAGAUGUGUAUGCUGCACUCACUGCUCCUGCCUCAUCCUCCCUCACAGGCAAAAUGCUACUGGGAAUGUAAAGGGUCAUAUUUGGAUUCUUUUUGGUUUUAAAGGCAGCUUCUUUUCGUGCCUCCAACCUCCAAUCUGGAAGCCCAGCCAAUAAAUUCUCUCAUACUGAGGGAUUGAAGGAUGAGCACCAUGACUGGGAACAGGUCCAACAAUCAAACAGGGGCAGAUGGUUUCUGUUGUUCCACUAUACAAUUUAAAUGUCACAUUGAUUCAAAUUCUUGUGGGAAGCUGCCACCCGGCAUCCCAGUAAAAUGUGCGCAGCAAACUGGAAGGAAAUGGAAGAGCAAGCCCCUACCAGCCCGAAAGCCGGCUUCAGAGAAACCACAAGUACCUCCUAAACCAGCUCAUCUUAAAGCUGGAGUUCAAAACAGAGCCACCCAGCCCAUUCCCCCAGCACCCAACAGGCCUCUGCCAUCGAUUCCCAAAGCUACCAGACGCCCCGGAAACCGGGAACGGAAUAAACCUGAGAUAUCUGACAUCAGCAUUCUCAUUGAGAAAUUUGAACGUAUUAGGCAACCUGUGAAACAAAAUAAUCAAAAGUUCAGUCUUAAUAUGGAACUGGGAUCCAACAGUCCAAAAUGUCCUCGUAUUUCUCAUAAAAUUUCAGCCAUUGAAUGCGGAAACUCUACAGAUGAUCAGGUCGUACCUAAGGAUAAUGUACCAUCUAUUUCCCACAAUUCAACACUAUCUUAUUGUGAUGCUCUUAAAUUCAAAGAAUUAAACAUAUCGGAUAUAAAAAACGGCGGGGAAAGUACAGAUGUGAGUCUGACCGAAGAAACGGGUAGAGAUAACGGGAAUGAAGACUUAACUAUGGAUCCAAAUGACAAUGGCAAAAUUCCCAACCGAGACAGCGGUAUUGACAGCCCAUCAUGUAGCGUGGUAGGAGAGGUGUUUCCCAAUGACGACAUUGUAGAAUCAAAAAAACUUGCUUUAUCUGUUAACAUGAUUGAACUUGGAGAUGACAAAAAGGACAUUGUGGACCAAAAGCAAGACUUUACUCAGGAUGAAGACAGUGAUAUGGAUGAAGGUAGCAGCGAGGAACAUGACUCAAUAGACAUGCCAAAGACUGAAGUUACAGAUUCCAUCAAGUGCACAGAGCCACAGAAACUGUUCAAUAUCGCCAGUGAGCUACUUCACACAGAGGAAGCAUACGUUAAAAGGCUACAUCUGCUUGACCAGGUAUUCUGCACCAAGUUGGUGGCUGCUGGUAUCCCGACUGAAGUGACAACUGGAAUAUUCUCCAAUAUUUCAUCAAUCUAUUGCUUUCACUGUCAGUUUCUACUUCCGGAACUGAAAACUCGAAUAACCCAAGAAUGGGAUACAAAUCCGCGGCUUGGGGACAUCCUUCAAAAGCUGGCUCCAUUCCUAAAGAUGUAUGGGGAGUAUGUAAAGAAUUUUGAUAAAGCUAUGGAAAUGGUGAAUUCCUGGACACAGCGCUCAUCGGUCUUUAAAGAAGUCAUUCAAACAAUACAGAAGGACGAUGUUUGUGGUAAUCUGACAUUACAACAUCACAUGCUUGAACCAGUACAAAGGAUUCCUCGAUACGAGCUGCUUCUCAAAGACUAUCUGAAGAAACUGCCGGAGGACUCCCCAGAUAGGAAGGAUUCAGAAAAGUCCCUGGAGCUUAUAUCCACUGCAGCAAAUCAUUCAAACGCAGCCAUUCGAAAGAUGGAAAAGAUGCACAAAUUAUUAGAAGUUUAUGAACGGCUUGGAGGAGAAGAAGACAUUGUUAAUCCUGCCAAUGAACUUAUUAAAGAAGGAAAUAUACAGAAAUUAUCAGCAAAAAAUGGAGCAACUCAGGAUAGGUAUUUAUAUUUGUUUAACAGUAUGUUGCUGUAUUGUGUGCCUAAAUUACGACUCAUGGGACAAAAGUUCAGCGUUCGUGAAAAAAUUGAUAUUGCAGGACUUCAGGUCCAGGAAAUUAUCAAGCAAAAUACCUCUCACACAUUUUUGAUAGUAGGGAAAAAGCGAUCAUUGGAGCUACAAGCCAGGACAGAGGAAGAAAAGAAAGAGUGGAUCCAGGUUAUCCAGGCAACAAUAGAAAAACACAAACAGAACAGCGAGACGUUUAGAGCAUUUAACAGUUCGUUUUCCAGGGAAGACGAACAUUGUCCUGAUUCACCUGUGGCAGGUUCAUAUGAGUCCAUACAAGGAUCAGAUGGUUGCAGCUCACCAGGAGGGCCGGACUCUUUGAGAAAAUCUACCAAAAUAAAGAAUUGCAAAGGCUGCGGUGAAAGUUUUAACUCCAUAACAAAGAGGAGGCACCAUUGUAAGCAGUGCUCAGCGGUCAUUUGUGCAAAAUGUUCCGAAUUCAAGCUCAUCCCAGAAAACGGUCGGCACAAUCGGGUUUGUAAAGAAUGUUUCCCAUUGGCAGCUGUUGGCCCAGAAGUCGCUGGUGAGCAAAAGAAAAAAACAAAUCUCGAGAAGAGGAAUUCAUUGUCGCCAGAAAAUUGUGUGUUCAGCAGCAACCUGCUUUUCCUAGAGAAGGGAAAGACAUGGAACAAGGUGUGGGUUUGCAUACCCAAAAAUGAGCCGCUCGUUAUGUUUCUUCAAAGUUGCAGUCAGGAUGGGAAAAUGCUUCGUGCCAUACCACUGCCAGGGUACGAAGUGAGUUUGCCAACUCCUGGAGACAAGGUGGACUUAAAACAUAUCUUUAAAUUGGUCCAGUCCCAGCAGACUCUGUUCUUCAGUGCAGAGGAUGAAGAAUUGCUCACGAAAUGGAAAGGAAUUCUUAGCUGCGCUUCGAAAGGAGAUGUGGCUGAUUAUACGGAAGACUUGGAAAAUGCCCAGUGAUUUGAUCCCAUUUCUUCCUCUUUCUUUAAAGACUUCAAGUGUCCUCUGAAACUUCAGGACCGUGGCACCUUGAGAUCACAUUGCUUGCUGUAUGUUCAUGUGUCUGCGUUUCAGUGCAGUUUCUAAUUGUCCAUUUUCAUAUCUGUGUUUGUUUCUAUGUGCAUUGAGAUGUAGUAUGUAUUGAUGCCUCAAGACAGAGUUUGUGUUUUUGUUUUUUUUCCUAGACGGGUCAUGACAUUAGAAGUUACAAUAUAAGGUUUAUCAGACUACUGGUUUUGUAUAUGUGUAUUUAAAAAAAAAAGGAAAAAAAAAAAAAAAGUUUUUCUAAUCCCCUAAUGCUGUUAAGUGAAAACUUGUAUAUGUGAAGAGUUAAUGUAUUCUGUGAUGGAACUGUAUACAGCCAGUAUGUUGUCUGUACUAUGCAGUUCCACAGUGAACUAUCACAUUCUGAAAUGUUAGCACAAGAACAGCAGUGACUAACCUUGGCACUAAGGCUGGCUGAGCAUUUUGGAAAUGUAGGCCACAAACAUCUGCAGUGCCAAGGUUAGCAAUCACUGCACUAUAAGGUAUUGUAAAGAGAUUGUGGCUGGCCACUGACUGUCCUUUCCCCUUUUCCUAUUGUCCAAGAGAAUUGCCUUUUUGUGAUACAGGUCUUACAUUGAAUAUUUCACUCCUGUUUUGGCAUGCCAAUAUAACCAUUGUAGGAAAAACAGCCUCUUUGUAAAGUGGAGUUACCAUUUUAAUCAUUACUAGUCCAUUUUACGUGGAGACUUAAACCCCUAUGAAACCGCAAGUUAAGCACCUUCAGCAUGUUUCAAUGGACGUAGAUAAGUUUUAUAAAGUGUCUAUAUUAAUCCCUUUGAGUGUCAGGUACGCAAAACGCGUUGCUCGCCUCUAAUGCUCAGAGGGUUAAAAACUGUUUUAGCACUGCUGGGAACUUUUAUAUUGUUAUUUCAGGUAAACCCAAUGUCAUCUGUUAUUUUAUUUAUGAUUUGUACAUAUUGUUAAAUACAUAUUUUCAGACAUUUAAAAAGAAAUGAGCUAAUAAAAUGUUUAGCACAGAGCAUAUGGAGGUAAUGUGUAAAAUUAUGUAAUGUGUGUCCUUUCCUGGUAUAUAGUACAAUGGUUGAUUUUUACUGUAACAUUCCUAUGGGUUACCUACAGUUAAACCAUUAAGCCAUCACAGUGUGUUUAUUAUUGAUAAAAAAGCACAUUUAUUGCCAAUAUGAAGAGAAUAAAAGUUGUCAGAUUUCAGUG